CACCAAUCAUGCAGACAGGUCAAACAGGGGCAGGGACAGGAGAUCUUAAAACCCUUGCUCCUGCCUAUAACACCCUCUCCUCCCGACUCAGCCCGCCCGAUCUUCCGCGCAUCAAGAAACGUUCCAAUGCUUGUGAAGCCUGUAAGAAACGGAAGACUAAAUGUCAAGGCACCCAGCCAUGCGAGAAAUGCAUCCAAGCCGAAUCACAAUGUGUCUUUGCCGAAGAGCUCGACCGCCGGAAGAAACUGGCUCUGAGGCAGGCUGAGCAAGAACUGCGCACAGCUUAUGAGCUUCUGGGCCAGAUGGUCGUGGCCUCGGAUAAUAAAGAUAGCGCUGAACUCGACCGGCUCUCCACCAUGAUCAAAGGGGGCUUCCUGCGCACUCAAGGUCCGUCCUCGGUGGAACAGAAGGAUCUUUCCGACGUAUCCACAUCGCAUUCCACCACAGCUUCCUCGUCGGCGGCCUCUCUUCACGAUUUCGCGACCUUGAAUGAAGACAUCAACCGGGACGAGCGCAGUAGGGCGACCGGCUACAUCGGCAGGGGCUCGGAGAUUGCCUGGAUGCAGAAGCUCAGUGAGGAGUUGAACAAACUUAGCUUCUCGUCCGAGAGCCCACAGCCACAGCAGGAGACCAUUUUCGAAGAUGAUAUGACUUCGCUUAGUUAUCAUCUCGACCACUUCAGUUUUCCGAAUCUCUCUCCUGGGGAUCCGCAAGCUCUCCCAACCCGAGCAUGCAGCGACCAACUCAUCAGCAUCUACCUUGCGAGAGUCGACCCAUCGUUCCCACUGCUCAACAGGACCCUCUUUUUAUCACAGUGCCAACAUGCGUUCACCAAGUCGGAGCCCCCGCGUCGAAAGUGGCUUAUAAUCCUGAAUUUGAUCUAUGCUAUCGGCGCCAAGUAUAUGCAGCUAUCCGAGAAGAACUGGACCGAUGCCAUCGAUGAUCGUACUUUUCUGUCCCGAGCCAUAGCUCUCAAUGCCGACUCAAGCCUGCUUGGGGAGCAUGCGGAUCUCCAGCAAGUCCAGAUCUGGGUGCUUUAUUCCAUCUACCUUCUGGCUUCCGCUCAGGUGAACAGGUCGUGGCAUAUGGCUGGACGUGCUGUCCGCUGUGCAAUAGCAUUGGGGCUCAACCUCCGUGGGGUCGGUCUCAAUGUAGACGCUACAUCGAGGGAGUCCCGUACUCGUCUUUGGUGGUCACUGUUCGUCCUGGAGCAACUCCUCUCCGUGAUGACAGGCCGUACCUCAUGCAUUGAAUGGCGGUCCUUUAGUAUCCCGGCUCCCAUCCCCUUCGACGAAGCACAGUUCCAUUGCCCUCAAGCCGCAGAAUUUAUUUCCGAUCCUGCUUUGCGGGAGCGAACGUUUGUCUUUACCGGUAACACCCCCAAAUUCCAGAUUGACGCAAGAAACCAGGCGCUCCAAGCUGUCGAACCUAAUCGUUCUCUCUAUUUCUUCUACUUGGCCGACCUCGCUGUAAUCAGCCAUGCCGCCGUCAAGGCGGUCUAUGGUCUCCAGUCCUUCGGCUUGCCGAAAUGUGCCAGUGACAAAAUCACCCAUUUCCAACAAAUGUUGAGAGACUGGCUGUCUAGCCUUCAGCCUUGCUUCCAGUUCUGUGACAGCAACGGUCGGUUGAAAAUGACGACGCCGUGCCCAGAACGGAUCGCUCUGGCUCUGGCCUUCUACAGCUCUCAGAUCAUCCUGAACCGACCUUGCCUCACCCGUCCUGAUAUGAAGGAAGGCACUCGGACCAGGUACCCGCGCUCUCCAUUUGCCGACGCCACGGCCCUGAUCUGCCUCCAAUCUGCAAUCGAUUUGACUGCCAUCCUCCCCGAUCUCCCUAACAUGGACUGGCUGUGCGAGAUGACACCCUGGUGGGCCGUCCUGCACUAUAUCAUGCAAGCCCUCAUCAUCCUGCUGCUCCAGCUAGCCGUGGGCCCCGUGGACGUGCAGCGGGGGACUAUGACUGAGGAAGGUCAAGGAUCCGUUGGCACGGCCGAGGAGCCCGGGGUGAUCCUCGAGCGGGCGAAGAAAUGCCUGCGCUGGCUCCACGCGAUCGCCAGCCGGAGCCCCAGCUCCCGCCGGGCGUUCAUCAGCUGCGAGCGCCUCCUGCACCGCAUCGCCGCCAUCCACGGCUUCGAUCUGGAGGGUAUCCCCCAGACAUCCACCUUGGCCGACCGCACCGCCAACGGCGGUCUUCAGCACUAUUACGCCCCGCACGGCAGCGCGCAGCAUUCGGAGUCGGCCUAUUCGGACCCCCUGCGGGAGGCGCAGUGGUGGGGCGCGGACUUCACCUACUCGGAGCCGGACGUCGAGGAGCAGGCGAUUCGGCCGUUCAGUUUGGAUCCCACGUUGCUGGAGUUUUUGGAGAAUGCGAUGGAAUGA